UUGUUUCAUUUUUCUACUUAUCUUAGGACUAAAAGCAAAAACCAUGCAUACGCAGAUGGGAUUCAGAAUCAGCCGUAUUUCGAAGAAGACCGCCAGAACUCACCAGGUUCGGCAUUUUUGCCAAUGGAAGCCUGCGAGAUAAAGCCGUACCAAAAAAUUUGGCUGAAUCGUUUGAAAGCUGAAGAUCAGGCGGCAGUCAUUAAACAUAACGCACUUCCUCCGUACCAGCGUAAGCAAGAGAUAAUGCGCAAGCUAGAUUCGGUUAUUGAUCCGAAAGGUGAUAGAUUUUUAAAUGCCCUGUCCAUCAGCGUGUCGUCGAAAAGGAUGUUCGUUCGCGGAAGAGUGCUUAAUAAUCCAAACAUUGUCUUUGGCGAUAAUUUACUGGUACCAGUUAUUGGAGGAGAGUGGAAUUUGCGGCGAAAAUCUUUUUAUCGUCCUGCAACGAUCCCCUGUUGGUCUGUCGCCUGUUUUGCGGACCCUCUAGAGUUGCCAAAAGAAGGGCUGAAACCUUUUUUGGAAAAAUUGACAAAAACUGCGAGGCGCUUUGGAAUCAAACUUUCGGCAUGGAAUAACAUAGAUAACGUAUCCUAUGAACAGUUGCCAAAAUUCUUCAAGUAUCUGUGUAAGAAUGAUGCCACUUACGUUCUUUGCGUUAUGCCUAAUCGUAAGGAUCAGAAUUUGAGAAACCAGAUAAAGUACCAAGGCGAGGUCUGCUAUAAUGUCGUUACGCAGUGCGUGUUGGCGGAGACGAUCGUGAAGGCGAAGGCGCAAACAUGUGACCUCCUUACUCUAAAAAUGAACGCAAAAAAUGGUGGCCUGAACAACGAAGUUUCGCUGCCCCAUCCAGCCGUUGAAAAACGGAUUGAAUCACGUGUAAUGUUCAUCGGACUGGAUGUGAACCAUCCGCCACCGCUGUCGAAGAAGGAAAUUGAAAAUCAUGCAGUGCCACAGGAUCCGAGCGUGAUCGGGCUGGUCGCCAACAGUGGAAAGUCUGCCGACUUCAAGACCCAAGAAACGGAGAUAAACUCUUCAAAAAUGACUGAAAGCGUCAUCGACUUUUUAGCAGAUUACAGGGAAAACCAUGAAUGUCUUCCUCAUUCGGUCAUUGUAUAUCGCGAUGGAGUUUCGGAGUCGCAGUACAAAAUGGUUUUGGACGAAGAAACGAUUGCCAUUAAAAAGGCGUUUCGACGUUUUAAAUCUUACGCUCCGAAACUGACCGUCGUUGUGGUUCAUAAGCGUCAUCACACCCGUUUCUUCCUGGAAACCGUUGACAUGUCGUUGAAAUCGAUCGGUCAAAAUAUUCCGCCUGGGACGGUGGUCGACUCCGGUCCCGUACUCCCAAAGAUGUUCGAUUUCUUUUUGUGCAGCCAUCAAGGAAUACAGGGCACCAGCAAGCCAACACAUUACGUGGUGUUGUACGACGAGAACAACUUAACGGCGGAUACUCUGCAGUUUGUCACGUACUCUCUGUGUUGUGCUUACCAAAAAUGCCCAAAAAGCGUUAGUAUACCGUCUCCUUGUUAUCAUGCACAUCAUGCCGCUAAGAGGGGCAAGGAGUUGUACCAUGCUUUCAGGUGGACGUAUAAUGACGAUCAAUGACA